GCUCUGCGCAGACAGCGUGUCGGGGGGGGGGGAAGGUAAAGAAAAAUGGCGAACUUCGUGGAGGCGACGAGCCAGCGGCAGUUUGAAGACAUUCUCGCCAAAGCGGGGAAAUGUCUGACCGUGGUGCACUUCCAGGCGGCCUGGGCUCCGCAGUGCGGCCACAUGAACGAGGUGAUGGCCGAGCUGGCCAAGGAGCACGCGCACACCACGUUCGUGAAGCUGGAGGCGGAAGCGGUGCCGGAGGUGUCGGAGAAGCACGAGAUCUCCUCGGUGCCCACUUUCCUCUUCUUUAAGGCCGGGGAGCGGGUGGACAGCCUGGACGGGGCCCACGCCCCGGAGCUGACCAAGAAGGUGCAGCGCCUGGCGGUGAGCGAGAGCCGGGCCGGGGCUGCGGAGAGCGGCCCCGCGGACCUGGACCAGCGGCUGAAGAAGCUGAUCAACGCGGCGCCAUGCAUGCUCUUCAUGAAGGGCUCCUCUCAGGAGCCCCGCUGCGGCUUCAGCCGGCAGAUCGUGGCCCUGCUGAAGACCCACAACAUCCAGUUCAGCAGCUUCGACAUCCUGUCCGACGAGGAGGUGCGGCAGGGGCUGAAGAUCUACUCCAACUGGCCCACCUACCCUCAGCUGUAUGCCAACGGGGAGCUGGUGGGGGGACUGGACAUCGUGAAGGAGCUGGCUGAGUCCGGGGAGCUGGAGAACACCUGCCCCAAGGCCGCCACCCUGGAGCACCGGCUGAAGAGCGUCAUCAACCAGAGCCCGGUGAUGCUGUUCAUGAAGGGCAACAAGGAGGAGGCCAGGUGUGGCUUCAGCAGGCAGAUCCUGGAGCUCAUGAACGGCGCCGGGGUGGAUUAUGACACCUUUGACAUUCUGCAGGACGAAGAGGUGCGUCAGGGUCUGAAGACUUACUCCAACUGGCCCACCUACCCCCAGCUCUACGUGAAGGGAGAGCUGAUCGGAGGCUUGGACAUAGUCAAGGAGCUGAAGGAGAGCGGAGAGCUGGUGUCGGUGCUGAAGGGGGAGUCCUAGGAUGGCUUCAGGGAGACGGCCCUCUCCGGCCUCCUGUCACUGAUGCCACACCACAGGAGCGGAGAGAGACAAUUUAUAUAAUAGAGAUACAUGUAGUGAAUAAAGAAGCUACUCACAUAACUUAACUGUUGUGGCAGUUGGAGAAGUAAUUCUAAAACACAUUUGCAGAAAUGUUCAAACUGACACUCGAGUGCUCCCAGUGCUUGGCCUAAUUUUAUAAAUCCCUGCAUUUCCUUUCUGUCUGUCACUGGGAAAAUAUCAGGAAUAUUCACUUCAUAUUAUCUGUUGUGUGCAUUUCUGGGUUACGUCUGUCCUUCCAAGAUUCACAGCCUCGCACUUAACAAUGGGUUCAUGUUGUUUAUGUGGCCCUCUGGUUCAGGUUUAAAUGCAAAGUCCACCUGCACUUGUUGGUUCAUCAUUAACAUUGUGAUUAAAUGGUAAAAACAUCA